CUUUUUGUUUACCAGUUCAGCUUAACUGGGAAAGGCAUAUUGGUUGUUUUAUGGUAUGUGCGUCUCCUGUCCUCCAAACUUUAACUAGAUUAAAACUGUGUUUUAGAUACCCGUUUUUACAACUUCAUGUUUUCAUUUCGAAUUAUCUCAAACUUAUUUAUUGCUGCUUAGCACUGGUGGUAUAAAGUAGUUCCAUUGAUUACUUUUUGAGACGACGUGACAACAAAAAUCUCUAACUAAUAAUCCUCAAAUUGUACGGCAAACACAAAACUUCUGACCCUUUUUAAACAACUCUUUUUUAUUUAUCUCUAAAUCUUCUUAUUUAUUUCUAAUAAUUGGAAGAUUAGUUAGCUUACUUUUCAUCACAAUUUAUCAAAACACUUUUGAUUAUGUUACUCCAACAAUUUAUUUUCGCUGUAGCACAAAUAGGUUUUGCCUAUUCGAAAGUGGACAAAUCUGCUGCUCAAUUGGUGUCUGAUGAAUUAUACAGUGAGCUAGCAGAUGGCUACAACAAGUACUAUCGUCCCCUCAGAAACCAACGGAAGACACUCCAAGUCACCUACGGGUUCGCACUCAACCAGCUGAUCGAAGUAGAUGUGAAGCAUGAAAAGAUUGUGGUUCUGAUUUGGCAACGAAGUUCGUGGGUGGAUGAGUUCCUGUCGUGGAAUCCCGAGGACUAUGAUGGAAUUGAGGUGUUGAGAUAUGACCCCGUGGAAGUGUGGCUGCCAGAUGUCAUCAUACAGAACAGUGUGGGUGAGUUUGAGCCGAUUCGGGAGGUGACGGUGCUGCCUCUGAUGGUGUUCUACAAUGGAACUGUGGUGUGGAACCAGCCCCUGGUCAAACAGGUCACAUGUCGCAUGAACGUCCUCCACUUUCCUUAUGACACGCAGCUGUGUCACUUCAUAGUGGGUUCAUGGACCCAUGGCAUGGACGAGAUAGAUGUGCAGAUCAACUCAGACACCAUCGACAGAAGUAACUACAUAGACCACAACCAGUGGAGUUGGCUGAGGAGCAGUGCCAAAAGAUGCGAGCACAAGUUCGACAACGUCGGCCGAUUCUCAUACCUCGACUAUUACAUCAUCCUGGAACGGAAGAGCCAGUUCUACGAGAUGAAUCUAGUCAUACCCACUGGACUUAUAUCGGGUCUGGCAUUCGUGGCCUUUCUCUUGCCCUCCGACUCGGGCGAGAAAGUGGGAUUCGGAAUCACUGUGUUUCUGUCGUUGUGUGUCAAUUUGCUCAUCAUUUCGGAGUUCAUACCUGCGUCUUCUAAAAGCUUCCCAAUCAUAGGAAAGUACUACCUGCUGUGUAUAGUGAUAGUGGCCCUGUCUCUCAUCAUCACUACCCUAGUCCUCACCCUCCAUCACCACGCCACUGUCAAACCAGUGCCGGAAAAGAUAGCGCGCAUCUUCUUCGACUGGAUCGGACCCUGGAUCGGAUUCCCAUCGCGGAUGUUGAAGAGACGCAACGACAGACAACUGACACAGGAACAGAUAGACCAAGAGGCAGAGGACGAGGACAACAAGCUCACCCAACUCAUAGAUGAGAUCAUGCAGCAGUACAGCACCGGGUUGGAUCCCUCUUUGAAUUCGUCGCCUGCUUCCAAUACUAACUCGGUCGUCUCUCCUCUUGGCUCGGACCCCGAGAAGGCAAAACAGCUGCUUAAAGGGCUGAAAAAAAUGUCCAAGUCCAAAGACGGAGUGCUGGACGCCACGCCCUUCUUGAGCAACGGCUUCGACAAAGUCAUCGCCCAACUGGCCAAACUUGAGAAACUGUGUGAGGGGAUCAUGUACGACAAGCAGCGGGACAGACGCCGCAAUGCUGUCAUCCGAGACUGGCAGUACUUGAGUCGCAUUGUGGACCGACUGAGUGCCAUUCUGUUCGUACUACUCACCACCACUCUCAGUUUCUACUUCAUUCUGACUGCCAAGUACGGCGAGCCAGAUUUGCCAACCGACAAACCCUACUACUGAUAUAGACAGGAGGACCACAUGAGAACAAAAAAAACUAGAUGUAAUUCAGAACUUCUAACAAAUUAAAAGCUGAUGGAACGCAGCUAAACACAAAAAUAUUGAAAUCGUACUGAAUUUAGUACUUCCAUUUAACAAUAUGGAAAAUGUUAAAUAGAUCUCAAUGAUUCAGGGGCGGAUCUAGGAUUUUCUCGAGGGGAUUAGGGCGGCUCAAUGUUUUUUUUUUAAAUCUGGUCGACUUUUUUCACGUCGACCAAAUUGAUUUUCCGAGCAAAUCCAACCCCCCCCCCCCCUAAAUCCGCUACUGCAAUGAUUCAUACAUAGGUGAUGUUCGAGCCGCGGUGUUCACUAUAACUCUUAUUUCACGGAGAGCGAAUGAAUGGUUUCCCUUUUGAAUGCAAUUCUAUGCAAUAUAUUACAAAAUUAGUUGCGUUUGA